ACAAUUUGUGGUCACAUUCCGUAUGGGGCCAAGUGUGACUUUGAGUCUGGACUCUGUGGAUGGUACAACAUUGUGGGCCUAGACCAUCAGAACUGGACCAGGCAUCAUGGGUCAACCAAGUCCACAGGAACAGGACCUAGUGUGGACCAUACUUUGGGAACUGAAGAAGGUUACUACUUUUAUUACGAGACAUCAGGAAUUGGAACAGGUGAUGAGGCAUACAUGAGGAGCCCGGUGUUUGAAGCUCCGCCCGCUACUACCAGAAAUAGGACCAAUCCCCUGUACAAGGCAUGCAAGUUUCGCUUUGCGUACCACAUGUAUGGUAUGGAGCCCAGCACGCUUAAAAUCUUUGCCAUCUCUGCAGAAAAUCCAGACAUUUCAAGUCAACUCUUUAGCGAGUAUAAUAGGGACAUCGAUAGAUGGGUAGAAAUUGUUCAGCCAAUGCCUGAUGUUAUUUCAGACAGAUACUUUAUACAAAUUGAAGCGACAAGGGGUAGAGGCUGGAAGGGGGAUGUUGCCAUUGAUGACAUCUCGCUCAGCCCAGAAUGCUUUGAGAAAAACAACACUUCUGUAGGGUCAACUGCAGGGUACACCAACACAUGGUCUUCAGGCCCAAGGACUGCCAACAUGACAUCAUACCCCACCCCCAGCAAAGUCAUGACAGAUCCAACCAGUGGAGUAAAAACCACUGUGGCGACCACUGUUAAAAAGGAUCCCGUUCCAAACGUUAACUUCACCUUCACAACCUGCGGCACCCAUGGACCUUAUGGACCAACCCAAGCUAGAUGUAUUGCAGCCUACCGCUACACUAACCUGACAGUCAGGGUGCUUAAUCAUGAAGAUUCCAUUGCAUUGGCAGGGGUGCAAGUCUGGACAGCACCAGAGACGAGGCUCUACAGUAUAACUGCCUAUGGUGCUAGCGGAGGGGCCGGUACGCUUAUUUUGCGCUAAUUUUUAAACCAUGGGUUAAAUGUAAACCUCCUUUGUGAAUUUGGGCCAUAAAGUCUACAUUUGCAAAGACUAUGUGGUAGAAAUGCCAGUUUGUUUUGAUAAUAUUUUGAACAACUCAAUUCCUCUCAAUAAAUGGAGCAUGGUAUUGUAACAAAAAUAGGACUGUGUGCAAAGCAAUUUUGUUGUUGUACUCAU